CGCCCCCUGUGUUGGUUCAGAGUGUCUCGAGCAGCCUUUAAAUUCUGGGAGGUCCUGGUUGUCAGCAGCAAGGAGAGGAGGCGGGGAGAGCGGCAUCCAGUGCAGCAUCAGCAUCGCCUGGGACUGGACUCUUCUCAGCUGCCGCAGACCAAGGAAGAAUCAUCACCAUGAAACUUGCAGUGAUUUGCUUCUGCCUCUUGGGCAUCGCCUCCGCCCUUCCAGUUGGACAGACUAAUUCUGGCAGCUCUGAGGAAAAGCAACUUAACAACAAAUACCCGGAUGCUGUAGCCACAUGGCUAAAGCCUGACCCAUCUCAGAAGCAGACUUUCCUAGCACCACAGAGUACUGCAUCUUCUGAAGAAACUGACAACUUCAAACAAGAGACCCUCCCAAGUACGUCCAAUGAAAGUCCUGACCACACGGACGAUGUGGAUGAUGACGAUGAUGACACUGUGGACAGCCAGGACGUUGACUCAAAUGACUCUGAUGAUCAUACCGAUGACACCGACCGUUCCGACGAGUCUCACCAUUCUGAUGAGUCUGAUGAGGUGGUCACUGACUUUCCCACCGACAUUCCAGCAACCGCAGUUUUCACUCCAGCUGUCCCCACAGAAGACACACAAGAUGGCCGAGGUGAUAAUAUUGGUUAUGCACUGAGGACAAAAUCUAAGAAGUUCCGCAGAUCUGAAAUUGAGCAUCCAGAGGCCAUGACACAUGUGGAAAGUGAGGAGGCGGACGAGGCACACAAGGCCAUCUUUGAUGCUCAGGGCCUGCACACGGCUUCUGACUGGAACAGCCAGUGGAAGGACAGUCAGGAGACGAGUCAGCCGAGUGACCACAGCGUGGAAACCCACAGCCAGGAGCAUUCCGAAGAAUACAAGCUGAAGGCUGAUGAUGAGGGCGACCGGCAUUCCGAUGUGAUUGAUAGUCAGGAAAAUUCCCAAGUCAGCCCUGAAGUCCACAGCCAAGAACUUCCUAGCCAUGAAGAUAAGCUAGUCCUAAACCCUAAAAGUGAGGAAGAAGACACACACCUGAAAUUUCGCAUUUCUCAUGAAUUAGAUAGUGCAUCUUCUGAGGUCAAUUAAAAGCAGAAAAAUACAAUUUCUUAUUUUGCUUUUAGUAAAAAGAAAAAAUACACUAUAGCGAGGUGGGAGAGAAUAUGAAAUGCUUAUUUCUCAGCUUAGUUGGUGAAUGUAUAUGUAUAUGGAUCUAGAGACAGAAUGUUUUUGAUUAUUAGUUUAGUGUGUGGCUUCAUGGUAACACCUUCGUAAACUAAAAACUUCAAGGUUUAGUCUAUGUUCUUUCCAUGUGAGAAAUGCAAACCAUCACUGCAUUUUAAUGUUUGCUACCCAUUUAUGAAUAGAAAUGUAUGUAGAAGCAAACAAAAAUACUUUUACACACUUACAAGAGAGAAUAUAAAAUUUUCUGUCACUAUGAUCUUUUGUUUUUUAAAUUAGUAUAUAUUUUGUUGUGAUUAUUUUUGUCAGUGUGAAUAAAUCUUAUAUCUCAGAUCUAA